AUGGCACCCACAACGUCGUGGGAAUCGAAAUCGCUUGUGACGCCAUACCUGGUAUUCAUCAUAUUCAUAACCACAUUGGGGCCUCUCCAAUUUGGAUAUCAUCUUGCUGAGCUCAAUGCUCCGAAAGACGUCAUCACCUGUUUGAAGAAAAGUAUUACCUCGGAAAAAGAAGCCAUUUCGAAACUGCCACAAUGUAUCCCAAUGAAUGAGUUUCAAUUCGGCAUCGUGUCGUCAAGUUAUACGCUCGGCGGCCUUCUGGGAGCCCUUGUCGCGGGGCCCUUUGCAACCAAAUACGGCCGGCUCCUUGCUCUCCGCUUGACAACGAUAUUCUUUAUUACGGGUCCCAUUAGCGAAACCCUUGCCACUGGCAUUGAAUCUAUAAGCGUUGGCCGGCUAAUCUCAGGCAUUGGGGCUGGCGCUGCAAUUGUUGUCGGGCCUAUAUAUAUCGCGGAAGUGGUCCAUGCGACCCAAAGGGGGUUCUUCGGCGCCUUUACACAGGUCAUGACCAAUGUCGGAAUAUUACUCUCCCAAUCCCUGGGGUACUUUCUAAGUAAAGGCAGCCUAUGGCGUAUUAUCCUUGCAGUUGCUGGUGUCAUUGGUGCUCUGGAAGUCCUUGGACUGCUCUUUGUUCCUGAGAGUCCCAUCUGGCUGGCUGAGCAUCAACGGGCAACCCAUGCCCUGCUAAUCCUCCAGCGGAUCCGCGGAAAGAAUAAAGAUAUUGAACAAGAGGUAAAAGCCUGGAGAAUUCCGCCGGGUCAAACCGAUGCAAGAACCGCAGAGGAAGAAUCUCUUCUCACACCACCAACGGGGAAUCUCCCUCCCAAGCGUCCCCAAGUCUCCAUGCUCGGGGUCAUAAUGAACCCGACGUACCGCCCUGCAAUCGUCGCUGUCAUCGUGGUCAUGGCCGCUCAGCAAUUUACCGGAAUCAACAGUAUAGUCAUGUACAGCGUUUCCAUACUCUCCGACAUCCUCCCAACCGCAGCUCCGCUGCUGGCCGUUGGAGUCUCCGCUCUCAAUCUCAUAGUUACCCUCCUUUGCGCUCCACUAGCGGACAAACUCGGCCGCAAAGCAUGUCUCCUCCUCAGCAUCACUGGCAUGGGUGUCAACUCCAUGCUCCUUGCACUGGGCAUCUCAUUUAAUUUAAAAAUCCUCUCCGCUAUUGCGACGCUCCUAUUCGUAGCAAGUUUUGCUGUCGGCCUUGGGCCUGUUCCAUUUAUACUUGCCUCCGAGCUCGUUGGACCCGAAGCGGUUGGUGCCACACAAAGCUGGGCUCUAGGUGCCAACUGGACCGCUACUUUUAUCGUUGCGCAGUUUUUCCCUCCACUCAACAUGGCUAUGGGAGGGAAAGGGAGAAUUUAUUGGGUUUUCACGGCCCUGGCGGUGGUGUUGGGUUCGUUUUUGGCCUGGUGGGUUCCAGAGACGAAGAGAAAAUCUACCAUGGAGGAGGUUUGGGGUCGCCGCACGGAGCGGAGAGUUGAUUAG